AUGAUCUCCGUCGAAUUAAUGGAUGGUGUUGGAGAAAAAACAAUACUCUCUCCGUCUUCCAAAGUGCUAAUGAUGAGGAGUUGCCUUUCCAAAAUCAUUGACUCUCGUCAAAUGGGUUUCAAGAAUUUGACCUUUUUAUUGGUCCGGUCAAGCUCAGUAACAAGAACCAUUAGUGAGCGUUCAUUUAGCAGUAGUGCAGCUCAAGUUGAUCAGACGAAAGACAAUCCUGUCUCAGACAUGUUGAUUGAUUCGUUUGGUCGUCUACACACCUACUUGAGGAUAUCUUUGACAGAGCGUUGUAACCUCAGGUGUCAGUACUGUAUGCCCUCUGAAGGUGUGGAGCUAACUCCUAAACCUCAGCUGCUGUCACAGUCUGAGAUUGUCCGGUUAGCUGGUCUCUUUGUUUCCUCCGGGGUUAACAAGAUUAGGUUAACCGGUGGCGAGCCUACGGUUAGGAAAGACAUAGAAGAGAUUUGUCUGCAGUUGUCUAGCUUGAAAGGGUUGAAGAAUCUGGCUAUAACUACCAACGGUAUCACUCUUGCCAAAAGACUACCGAAGCUUAAAGAAUGUGGGCUUGACUCGUUAAAUAUCAGCUUGGACACACUUGUCCCUGCAAAGUUUGAGUUUUUGACUAGACGUAAAGGGCAUGAGAGGGUUAUGAAGUCGAUUGAUACUGCUAUUGAGCUUGGAUACAAUCCUGUAAAGGUCAACUGCGUUGUCAUGAGAGGAUUGAAUGAAGAUGAGAUUUGUGAUUUCGUGGAGUUGACGCGAGAGAAGCCAAUCAAUGUCCGGUUCAUAGAGUUUAUGCCGUUUGAUGGGAACGUGUGGAAUGUGAAGAAACUUGUGCCUUAUGCAGAAGUGAUGGAUAAAGUGAUGAAGAGGUUUCCGAGUAUAAAACGUGUCAAAGACCACCCGACUGAAACAGCUAAGAACUUUACCAUCGAUGGCCAUUGCGGUUCUGUGUCUUUCAUCACAUCCAUGACUGAACACUUCUGUGCUGGCUGCAAUAGAUUGAGGUUACUUGCUGAUGGGAACUUCAAAGUAUGCUUGUUCGGUCCUUCUGAGGUUAGUUUGAGAGAUCCUCUACGGUCUGGUGCUGAUGACGAAGCGCUUAGGGAAAUUAUAGGCGCUGCUGUGAAGAGGAAGAAAGCAGCACACGCUGGAAUGCUUGACAUUGCCAAGACAGCUAACAGACCAAUGAUACACAUCGGUGGCUAA